CAUUCUUCCCCGCAUCCAUAAUGGCAAUUUUCAAAUCAACACAAUCGCCUUUGGGUUGGCCCCUCUUCUCCAAUUUCCUCAACCCCUUUCCCCACCCAUUUUCCCCCAUCGCAAUUUCCCCACUCUUUCCCAUUUCCAAUUACCCAUUCUUUCCCAGCCCACCACAAUGGCAAUUUCAAAUCACGAUCACCUUUGUGGUUGGCCCAAAUUGGCCCCUUUCCCCACCCAUUUCUCCCAUCGCAAUUUCCCCACUCUUUCCCAUCUCCAAUUUACCCAUUCUUUCCCACCCCACACCCAGAAUGGCAAUUUUCAAAUCAAAAUUGAGCGGGCCCAUUUUCAAUCGGCCUCUCUUUUCAAAUUGCCCAUCUUUCCCAUUACCAGAAAAAAUCACUAAAAAGUGUGUAUUGUAUACUGGCGCUCAACAUAUUAUGCAGAAUCAGACCCAAUAGCAAAAUCAAAAUUCUCGUCUAACAGAAUAGAAUAGCAAUAUAAUCCAACAAUUAGUC